GCGCGCGGACAUGGCUGCGGCGGCUUCGGCGGCUGCCGCGGGCUGCGCCCCGGCCUGAGCGCCCAGCGCCCUCCCGCGGGGCCGCCUGUCCGUCGGGGCCCCCGGCUGGGCGGCCUCUCGGACCCCGGGACACCUGGGGGCCUUCACCUGUCCAUCCUCCCCUGGCCGGGUUGCUGCCAAGCCCGGCGUCAGGGGGCGCCAACGAGCCGGGGUGGGGGGAAGCUUAAGGCGCCGGCGGGAACCUCCAGGCGGUGCUACCCCCACCUCCCACCUCCCUGCGCCCCGCCCCGAGGUUGGGGCUUUGGAGGAUGCGGCCCGGUGGAUUUUGAAUUCCUUCAUUAACUGUGUCCUUGAUAAAGAUUCUUCAUAACUGUCUAUCAAGAAAAAGCUUAGGAAGAUGGAAAAAUUUUUUUGUACUACUUGACUUGAAUAUCUUUAGAAACUAAUGGAGAAAAUGCAGAAGAUCUUGCAGACAGAUGACAUUACUGAUACUCAAGUUUUUAGAAAAGGAAAGAGGAAAAGGACAGAGACAAUGGACUCUGAAAAUGCAAAUAGUGACAUGGAUAAAGGACAGAGAGACCCAUACUCGGGAAAUGCCUUUUUGCCUGGGGAGAGCUCCAGUGAGGAUGAGACACCUUUGGAAGAACUGUCAAAGGAGGAGUUGUGUGCCAAAAUAAAAAGUCUGAAAGAAAAACUAAUCAAUACCAGGAAAGAAAAUGGCCGACUGCGACAGUCUUUGGUCAUGUUACAAGUGUUACCACAGGCAGUCACCCAGUUUGAGGAACUGGUUGGGAUGGCAGAGGCCCUGCUGAAAGGUGGAGGAGCCAUGUCUACCACUGCGGCCACUCUCUGGAGAGCAACAAACAACUCCUCACCAGAUUCGUUUGCCUCAACAUGCAGUAAUUCUAACUCUAAUUCUAGUUCACCUGCUUCCCUGAAGGCUGACGAAGAGCAGCACAUUGAUGAGAAACAGUUCAAGAUUGAAAAAUGGCAGAUUGCCCGGUGUAAUAAGAGCAAGCCUCAGAAGUUUAUUAAUGAUUUAAUGCAAGUACUUUACACAAAUGAAUAUAUGGCGACGCAUAGCCUGACAGGGGCAAAAUCUUCUACUUCAAGGGACAAAGCUGUAAAACCAGCUAUGAAUCAAAAUGAAGUUCAAGAAAUCAUAGGUGUAACAAAACAGUUAUUUCCAAAUACAGAUGAUGUUUCAAUUAGGAGAAUGAUAGGGCAAAAGCUAAACAACUGUACCAAGAAGCCAAAUGUAAGCAAAAAUCUUAAUUCUCAGGAUAUUAAGUAGAUCAUUUUGGCAUUGCAGGUAUCCGAAACAGAGCAUCUUCAGUUCUAAAUCUAGCAUUGGAUUUGAUUGGAGAAUCUGUAGGCCCCCUCCCCUCCACUACCACGGGAAGUGAGCCCAAAGGAACAUGUACAGUGACAGUAAUGGAACAACAAGCUUGAUGAAGAAGCUGCAUGUAGAUUCCACCCUAAAAUACCAGUGAUGUAUUGAACCAGACAAUUCAUACCAAAUAAGCAUGCUGUAUGGUUUCUUUGGAAAUAUGCAUUUUUCCUAUCCUGAAAUACUUACCUGUACAGAAUAGUCAGAGCUGCAAUAGCAACAAAAAUCUCAACCAAUAAGAUUGGUAUCCAAAGCAAUGAUUAUACAUUUAUUAUUACCAAGGACUGCCCAUUACACUUGAUGGAUCAUUAGCAUAAGCACAUGUUUGGAAAAGUAAACAGUGAAAUGUUUACAAGUAUAAGAGCAACAAAAUCAGCCUAAAAUCUGAUAAUCAUGUGCAACCAAGUAAUAAUGGUAUAGCAAUAAAUGUCAGGAAUAUUCUGUUAUCUAAAUGUUUAUAAAAUAGAAAUGAAAAAAAAUAAGAGCAGCAAGAUCAUUUUAUCUUAACACUAAACUACUCUACCACAGUCCUGAAAAACAAACUCAAGGUUUUGUUCCUGUUAAAUCAGGAUACUUCCAGGAUACCCUUAUUGUCCACGGUAAGUAGAAAAAA